AUGCGUGAUAUUGAUGGACUCAGCCCAGAAGAAAAAAAUAUCCUCGGAUUCAUAACUUCUUUUCUCGACAAUGACUCUGUUGUGCAAGCCUCUUUAGCGUCAGAUGGGUGUUGGAAAUUCGUCUGGGAUUCACUCACCGCCGUUCUCGACUUCGAAUACGGCCCAAGCAACACCGAAAGAAAUCUUUUCACAAUGUUCGUCAACGGCGUUCUUGCUCACCGUGAUAACUCUCCUAUCAGCAUGCUCCGCUUCGCUGCCCUCGCAAAAAUCGACACAGUACUUAUAGAGAAGUGUGUACAAUAUGCCUUGAUCCACCAUGCCCGAGAACUCGACAUUGGAGCGUUUUGUGAUGAGACAUUCUUUGAAAUGCCAUCCGAGUUCUAUAUUAGCCAGUCUCUGAGAGUGUUAAAGUUGAGCAAUGCUACUCCUACCAGAUUGAUUUUGAACCAAACAGUGGCCUUAACGAAUUUGAAGUUUCUUCAACUCAAGAACUUCUUGUUUACGCAUCUGAAUUUCAAUGCACAGAUCUUUUCUGGGUGCCCAAAUCUUGAAACUUUGGUUUUGCGCAAAUGUGCCAUUAGUCCUGGGGAUAAACUGAAGGUUUUGAAUGUUUCAGGGGAUAAACUCAAAAGAUAG